AUGACCACCGAAUCCUACCUCUUCCCUGAUGCUCCUAUCGUCGCCCUCAUUCUCAAGGAGUACGACCAACAUGACUUUGGCGGCUCGUCCGAGGCUCUCGCCGACUGGCUUAACAAGCGUUGGCGCAAGAGCGGCUAUCAGAUCGAGGCCGAGGUCGUCCAUUCGGUACUCCUUUGCAAUGGCCGUAAGGCUGUCGCCGGUCAAGGUGACUCGCUGGGUGGCGCGUUCCUCAGGUAG